AGCUAAACAAGCAUUUUAAUACAUUUCCAGUGCGCUAAGAUACUAGACUAUUAGUGCAGGAAUUCGCAAAUAUAAACGGCUAGGACGUCGUUACAUGUGCUGUCAGUCCUAAAGAUCAUAUCAAAUAAUGAAGAAACUAUAUGAUUAGCCAGGUAUAACAAGGCAAGUGCUUCGACAACAAGCGCUGUUUAGUUAGCUGGCAACGAUGCUUGACAGUAUUUGCUCAAUAUGGUUUUGGUUUGGUUCGAAUCGGCCGGGUUUCUUCCUCGGAACAACGUGUAUGUUAACUAUGAUGGUGCUGAUGUGGCUAGGUGACAUUCCAGCCAGCCUCAGUAUAGGCCCUGGUGGACAAUUUCCAGGGUACCGAGAUUUGUCUCUCUACACCUUCAGUCAUGAGGAGCUGCCGUCUCUUCUCUAUAAUGCAGCUCUCCUACUUUUGCUUGGACCAUGCCAGGAGAGACGCUGGGGCACAGUGGCAUUCCUUAGCCUCACUCUCCUCUCGAUAACCCUCCUGCCUGCACUGUAUGCUAUCAUACUUUUCAUCAGUGGGGGUGAAGCUAGUCGUGUUUGUGGUUCCUCUUCCACCAUACUGGCUCUGUUUACAGCCCAGUGUCAUCAGGUGACCCAGAGGAGGCUGCUGAGAUGUAUACCUGUUUGGUUCCUUCCCUGGCUGCUCUUACUCCUCAAUCUGGUGUUGCUUCCUAGCACACCUGGACUGUUCCACUUCUGUGCCAUACUGAUUGGACAUAACUAUCGUCCGUCCUUUAUUGGAGUUUUGCAGAAAGUGGAGGAAUUUGGGAUUUUUCUAAUGUUUCCUCCUUGGCUCUACGUGCCUUACUACUCCAGGUUCAGGCUUCCCACCUACAGUACCUCACAGAGAUCUGGGACGUUCCCUCAGGCAGCUCCUUAUAACAGGCUCCCUGCGGAUGCCCUUCCACCCAUGAACCCAAGGCCCUGGCCAUUGGCUGUUCCUCAUUGGCCACUGGACAGGUCUGCAGCAUUGUCAGAGGCCCAGUUACUGGAAGAGCAGAUGCUUAGGGCAGGAAUACUGGCAUCCUUACAGGAUGUCCCUGAGGAGACAGGGGCCAAAGUGGAGGUUCCGAAGUCGUCAGUGUCCUCUCUGAGGCUUCAGCAGCUGGAGAAGAUGGGGUUUCCUACAGAUAAAGCUGUGGUGGCGUUGGCUGCCACUAAACAGCUAGAUGGCGCCAUCGCUCUGCUCAUUGAUGAUAGAGUUGGGGAAGAGGCUGUUAUGACAUCUAAAGGGAAGAGCCUCCUGCCACAGAGGAAUUUCUCUGGCCUGUCAGACCAGCACAUGGAUGCCAACUAGAAUCUUGGAAUUGAUGUGUGAUUUAGCAUGAUGUUGUUGUUAUUUGCUUGGGUUUUGCUGAGCUGAACUUGUUAGUGUGUACCCUGUGGGCUAAAAGAAUGGAUGGUGUACCCAAAUACAUUUUCAUUAUUAAAAGAGAACAAUGGGCCUGUUAAAAAACACAAUUGUUUAUUAUACCAACCAUUUAGGGGAUGUUUAAACACAAUAUCACAAGCAAUUUCAAAUACGCCCAAAAUGUAAUGUACAUAUUGUUCAAUUUUAUUGGUAAAAUAAAAAAAACAUUUCACAACAUUUCUAGUCCAAGAUAAAAGAUAACAAAUGAUAAAGGAAGUCUUUUUUUUUUUGUAUGACAGAAGUCCGUCUAAAUAAAAAGAAUG